AUGACCACCUUCCGACGAUUUCGGCCUGACGACGUCAAUAAAUUCUCAAAAUGCAACCUGGAUCCCCUAACAGAGACCUAUGAGCUCAGCUUCUAUCUUCAGUAUUAUGCCAAAUGGCCCUCACUGUUUCAAGUUUGCGAGGAUUCGGAAGGAAACGUCGUUGGAUAUGUUAUGGGCAAAGUUGAAUCAUCGCCAGAUGCAUACAAAUACUCAGAACAUUACCUUCCUUGGCACGCUCACAUUACGGCCCUGACUGUAGCGCCGGAAGCAAGGAGGCAAGGUAUUGGCAAAAUCCUGGUGGAACAAUUGGAGGCUGCCGCCGAUGUUCACAAUGCUUGGUUCAUGGAUCUGUUUGUCCGCAGCAGCAAUGCCAAGGCCAUUGCGUUUUACAAAGAACUAGGCUACAGCGUCUUUCGUGUUGUCAAAGACUAUUAUGGGGAGCAUGCCACAGACCCCGACAAGGACAGCGAGGAUGCAUUCGACAUGCGCAAAUCUAUGAAGAGGGACUCAAAGGGGGAGCACGUUCGAGACGACGGCGAGAAACACGAGGUACACCCUGAGGAUGUCUGGUAA